AGAGAGAGAGAGAGAGAGAGAGACUUGCAGUCACAGCUCUCCCGUCGUUUCAUUUGGAUUCCACGGACAGACUGAACGUGUGGAGACUGCGUUUGUUUUUAGUUGAGCACAUAAGGACGUGUUUGUGAGUCAUGGGGAAAGUUUUUCUUGCCGUGUUUAUCGCUUUAAUUAUUCUGAACUCGACCCAGGCUAAAGGAAAGAAGGCCAGGAAGGUCAAACGCAACAGCACUGACAUCGCCAGACCGAGGACUUUUCAAGGAAACGCCAUCCCAGUCAACGUCCCUCCUCCUCCUCCAAACCAAGCGACAGACCCCCAAACACCCGUCCUCCCGUCCUCCGGUGAUGUCGAAGUCAAGUUACAAAACAACAACACGGCAAACUACCUCCAAGGUCCUCUGAGCAACAGGUUCAUCCCAGCUGUCUACAUCAUAGCCGUCGUUGUCGGCAUUCCCUCAAAUAUCGUCAUCUUGUUCGCCGUUGGAACCAAAGUGAGGGUGAUUUCGUCGGCUAUAAUGUACUGUAGCCUGGCAGCAUCGGACUUGCUGUUGUUGUUCAGUCUGUUACUGAAAGCACACUAUCAUCUAAGUGGAAACAACUGGAUAUUCGGCGAAACCACUUGUCGUAUCACGACCGCCUGUUUUUACGGAAACCUGUAUUGUUCUGCGUUCACACUAGCAUGCAUUAGCAUCAAACGCUACCUAGCUGUGGUGCACCCUUUCCUUUUUAAGAGCUUGCCAAAGCGCUCGUUUAGCUUUUGGGGUUGCUUGAUUGUUUGGAUUAUAUUUAUUAUCGCCACUGUGCCGGAAUUUCUAGUGCAACAAAGCUACCGCAUCACAGAUCUGGGAGUAAUCACAUGCCAUGACGUUCUUCCUGUUAAUUUAGAUUACUACCAGUGGCUUAUCUAUUAUAAUUUAGGCUUGACCUGUGUAGGUUUUUUCCUGCCCUUAGUGGUGACCGUGGCAUGUUACACCUCUAUAGUCUGGCACCUGAACCGUUCGCACCGAGACUGGGCUCUUUAUAUCAGAGCUAGCUCGUUUAACUUCAUUAUCUUUAUUUUGUGCUUCGGCCCGAGCAGCUGCCUUCAUUUUGUGCAUUAUGUUCUGCUGUCUGUCGGCUCCACGGAGAGUUUCUACAUCUACUUCAGUGUGGCUGUGUGUCUGUGUUGCCUGCAUAGCGCUCUGGAUCCGUAUCUGUUCGUGCUCAUGUCCAGGACUGUCCAAAGCAAACGCUACUUCCUGACAUGCAAAGGACGCGCGCUUAGUAUCUCCUCGUAAAGUCAACAUGAAAUUCUUGUUGUGCAACCCGUUUAACUUCCCUAGUCUUUGAAACUGGAUAUUUAAUGUGACCUGUCUGAAAUAGCCGAAAGACACUUAGACUACCAUUUUUUUUUUUUCAAGAAAAUAAUACUUUUAUGCAGCAAGAAUGCAUCAAAUUGAUCAAAAGUGACAGUAAAGACAUUCACAUGGUUUAUAAUGAAAUAUUUCUCAAAAAUAUGAAGGAACACAAUUGUUUUCAACAUUGAUAAUUAUAAGAAAGGUUACUUUUUAUCUGAAAAUGUGGACGUUUUCUUGCAAUCCUGAGUUUAUAUCUCUUAAAUCUUUUUUUCUCUUGCAAUUCAAUGAAAAUGAAAUUCAGAUAUAAACUUAGAAUUUGCUCGCAAUUCCUAGAAAAAAAAUUGUGAGAUUGUGCUUGAUAUAAACUCAGUAUUGCAAGAUAUAAAAUCGGAAUUCUGACUUUUUGUUUCUCCGAAUAAUGAGAAAAAAAUUCUGAAUUAUCAACUAAAAAGUUGCAGUUACCUUUUUUUUUUUUUUUUUUUGGAAACCAGCGUUCAUACAUUGAAGUAUGGAGUAAUGGCUGCUCAAAAAACACAGCUUUGCAUCACAGGAAUAGAUUUUUAUAAUAUAUAUUCAAAGCAGACAACAAUUAUCUUAAUUGUAAUAUUAUUUCACAUAAAACUGUAUUUUUGACCAAUGAGAUGCAUUAAGAAUAUAAAGCAAAUAGUCAAUUGUGAUUUAUAUUAUUAUAAAAAGGAGCUAUCUACAAUGUUUCUGAUUUCAGUCCUGUUGUUCUAGAUUUAAAGUUUUUAAUAUGUGAAAUGUCACGAGGAGAAUUAAUUGUUGGUAGUUGCAGCCAGAAUCGGUUUCUACAGGAGCAGCACCUUUUAUACUGAAUACAAAUGGAGAGUCGUUUGAAUGGCCCUUGAAGAAAAGAUGUAAUAUACUGCCUGGACUGUGUUCAGAGUCUUGAAUGCGACAAGCCUUGUUGAACAAGGAAAAGUUUAUCUGUAUAUGUAUUCCCUGUUUGUAUAUAGAAUCUAAAUGCUUUACUACUUAUAUUUAAACUGCUUUGUAACUGCCAUCAGGGUUUCUAUGUGUUUAUUUUAUUGUAUUUGAUCCAUCAUACAGCACGGAGAAUGGAUUCGACUGCAGUUUGGAGAUGCUGUCUUUGACCUGAAGACAAAAGUGUCAGUGGGUUGUGAAUAAUUGUGUAGCAACAGAUUCUUUCCCUCUCUGAUUCUAAUGCAGACGUGUACAUACGAGAGAAAGACACAUAAAAACACUUAAAGGAAUAGUCGCCCCCCCAAAAAAAUAAGCUGAAAAUUUACUUAAUGAGUUUGUUUCUUCAUUAGGGCAGAUUUGGAGAAAUGUAGCAUUAUUACCAAUGGAUGCACUGCAGUGAAUGGGUGCCGUCAGAAUGAGAGUCCAAACAGCUGAUGAAAACAUCACAAUAUUCCACACCACUAUUUGUGUUUUGGUGAAAUUGGUUUUCUUAUUAAAAGUGAAAGCAUUAAAAUCAAAAAACGUUUUAUGCUAAGAACAUGUACAGGUGCAUCUCAAAUUAGAAUGUCGUGGAAAAGUUCAUUUAUUUCAGUAAUUCAACUCAAAUUGUGAACUUGUGUAUUAAAUAAAUUCAAUGCACACAGUAGUUUAUGGGUGCAGUGACCUUGGUUUUCAAAACACACUAUGGACCAACACCAGCAGAUGACAUUGCACCCCAAAUCAUCACAGACUUUUGAAAUUUAACACUGGACUUUGAGCAACU